AUGAUUUCAUAUCCUGAAACGGAACAAUUUCGCCAAGCGAUCAAUAAAAUCACACGAAAUACGCGUCGACGUGAAGAAGAUCGAGAUAAAGUAUUACCUGUUUUGAAAUUUAUUGGUACUGUUAAAUUACAUGGAUCGAAUGCAGCGAUUGGUUAUCAUAAAGAUUCAGGACAUUGGCUUCAAUCACGAAAUAAUGUUCUUACACCGCAAAAAGAUAAUGCAGGUUUUGCAACAUAUAUGGAACCAUUAGCAGAUCAACUUUUUAAUGAUUAUGUUCUUCCUGCAAGCGCAACUAUUCGAGAAAAAUAUGAACAAGGACAGAAAAUUAUUAUUUAUGGUGAAUGGUGUGGUGGAAAUAUUCAAAAAAAUGUUGCUAUUGUUGGCCUACCAAAAAUGUUUGUUAUUUUUAAAAUAAAAAUUCGCGAUGAAACAAUAGUAGUAACCGAAAAAGAAGGUGAAGAUGAGACUGAAAAUGAAGAACUUUUAAAAAAUUCAAUUUGGCUUGAUCCAAAAGAAUGGACAAAUAUAAAAUGGCAUGAUAAAUUAAUAUAUAAUAUAUUUGAUUUUCCAAUUUAUGAAAUUGAGAUUGAUUUUGAAUCUCCAAAAUUAUCACAAAAUAAACUCAUUGAAAUAACUCAAGAAGUUGAACGUCAAUGUCCUGUUGGAAAAUAUUUCAAUCAAACAGGUAUUGGUGAAGGUGUUGUAUGGACAGAAUGGGCACAGACUCAUGGAAGUUUAACAUUUAAAGUUAAAGGUGAAGAACAUUCUGUAAGUAAAGUUAAAACAUUAGCACCUGUUGAUACGGAAAAAUUAGAAUCGAUCAAAGAAUUUAUUGAAUAUGCAUGCACAGAAAAUCGAAUGCGUCAAGGUCUUGAUUAUUUACGUGAACAACAAUUAACAAUUGAAAUGAAAAAUGUGGGAACAUUUAUAAAAUGGCUUGUAAAUGAUAUUAUUAAAGAAGAAAAAGAUACAAUGAAUGCAUCGAAUAUUGACGAAAAAGAUGUAUCACGUGCAGUACCAAAUAAAGCUAAACCAUGGUUUCAACAACAAUUAAUUUAA